GUUUAACAAACUUCCAAGUCUGUACUCCGUUAUAGAGUUGUCAACGUCGUUGUAUACCGCCAUAUAUUUCCAUCAAAAGCACGUGCGUUGCGCUGUGUUAGUAACAUAAUCGCGGAUGAGAAGAGCAAAUGAUGUGUUUUCAGUGAAUUUCUGUUGAGUUGUGGACGGCGGGUUGUGCUGAACGGAGUCAUUAUUAGUAGUCGAGACGACGGAAUGUUUUCGUUCUGGCGUUUGUUUUUGUCAAAUUUGAGUUAUUUAAUCACUGUUAGCAACUAGGAAGACCUAUAAGUGCGUUGUCUAGGGCCUGAUGCUGCGGAUUGGGGAUUGCAUUGUCUUUAGUGUUGCCACCUUCUUGUGGGUUCCAGACAGAUGUUUGAUUUACCAUAGGAAAAUAAAAAAUCGAUUUAUAAUAAGUGAAGUGAGUCAUGGAGCGAAUAUUGCGAGGAGUGAUGCGCUAUCGGAACACCACCCGUGAGCAGAUGGUGAAAGAGUUCCAAAAAGUGCGAGACAAUCCACAGCCGAAAGCGGUAUUCUUCACAUGUAUGGACAGUCGAAUGAUUCCAACCCGGUACACGGAUACCCAUGUUGGCGAUAUGUUCGUGGUUCGAAACGCUGGCAAUUUGAUACCGCAUGCGGAACAUUUUCAGGACGAAUAUUUCAGCUGUGAACCUGCCGCCCUCGAGCUAGGCUGUGUAGUGAACAAUAUCAGACACAUUAUCGUAUGCGGCCACAGUGACUGCAAGGCUAUGAAUCUGCUGUACCAGUUGCGGGAUCCUGAGUUUGCGUCCAUUAAAAACCGUCGAAUAUCCCCGUUACGAGCGUGGCUCUGCGAGCACGCCAACACCAGUUUGAGCAAGUUCCAGAACCUCAAGGACGUUGGCUUGGAUAAGCCGUUGAUAUUCUCGUCGGAGACUCCGCUGCGGAAAUUUGUGGCUUACAUUGAUCCCGAAAAUAAGUUCGCCAUCGAGGACAAACUGUCGCAGGUGAACACGCUGCAGCAGAUCGAGAAUAUUGCAUCGUACGGAUUUUUGAAGAAACGACUCGAAUCGCAUGAUCUGCAUAUUCACGCGCUUUGGUUCGACAUUUAUACAGGUGAUAUUUACUUCUUCAGCCGAAACUCGAAGCGGUUCGUUCAAAUCGACGAAAGUACCAUCGACCGACUGCUGGAGGAGGUGAAUCGCUUCUACUCGUGAGGCGCGAUUUGUUACUGUGUAUGUUGUUAGAUUGUACAUAUUUGUUAUUAGGGGAUCAACAACAGCUUUUCGUUUAAAGAUAUAAUUCUCAAAUAGAUUAUAUUAUAUUAUUUUUUGUUUUAAA